GUCCCAUUUAAAACCUUUGACUUGACACAAUAAAACUCUUGCUGUGAUCAAUCACCGCAAGCUACAACCGACCAAUUGUCAGAAUUACACAAUAAAUAAGUUUUAAUUACUAAAUUACAAUAUGGGUAGAGAUCUAGAACAGAAGCAAUCAUGCUUAAGAUGGAAUAUUUUAGUUCUGGUAUGAUGGUUGGGGUGCGUAAUAGCCCGUUUCAAAUCCUGUUGUUUGCAAAUUAAUGUUGCCAAUAGUAUAACCCUCUUGAAUAUAGAUCACCAUUUCCUUUCAGAAAGCAUCCAUGGUUCGAUAAUAAUUCCCACUUGGUACCAAGAGACCACGACCAGGAUAUUUUAAGAUUAGUUUAAAUGCUGGCAGCAGCUUCUUGGAUAUGUGAAAGAUAAAAGUCAAUGCUUCCAAGAAAUAAUAAACGGAUCGAAGGAUAUGGAAUAGACCAAGCAAUGUCCAGGUUGACAUAUGUGCUUUGGUUGCUUCCUGUUCCUGGUUAUGCUCCUUUAUUUUGUGGGGUUGGUUCACAUAAAUCAACACAAGGCAGAGAAGGGGUGAACCGAACCAGAAAUUGGAAAAGUGAUUUCACUUUUGUUUAAAGGAAGAAUGAAGUGGCUUUUGGAUGUUUUGUCAAGAAACUUUAACUAAUUAACAGAAGACAAAAGGACUUUGGAGAAUACAACCCUUGGCCUCUAAGUAAUAAGGAGGAGCGAGUGACAGCAAUUCAUUGCAAAACUUCCCAGGAAAUAUGACGGGAAAGACAAGAGACUUAACGUUACUCUUUCCUCUACAUUUCCACAAAACAAACGUGCUUGCGAAGGUCAUUAUCCUCUCUUCGUUUAUAAUCACCGGUCUUUCGUUCUUUCGCUUCACAUCUCAAGACAGAGACAACUUCAGACCUAGAACAUCAGAAACUCUUCCACUCCAAGCCAAUCUUUUAACAUCUUGUUCUUCAACAAGAUCUUCAUUUUUUGUCGUGAAGAAUUAAGCGUCAAAGUUUUCCAUUUUGAUCCCAAAACAUGGAUCGUGGACGUUCCUUGAAAGAUGAUGGAGGUGUUCGUUUGCAGAUUAAUGAGCUUCGGAAGCUUAGUGAAACCUGUGGGUCUAACACCAUUUUUGAACCCCAGAGCAGUCCAGAGAAUAGAGAAAGUAGUGCAGAAUCCAUCUCUUCAGCAUCGGUGGUUCGAGCACCAGAAAAGAAACUAACGCUCUUCGCUCUCAGGCUUUCAAUCUUUGAAAAGUCUGCUACUGGCCUUGGAACUCUCGGCUUCAUCUGGGCAACAGUAGUUCUUCUUGGUGGCUUUGCAAUCACUUUAGAUGAAACCGACUUCUGGUUUAUCACCGUUAUUUUGUUAAUUGAAGGGACUCGGAUAUUCAGCAGAAGUCAUGAGCUUGAAUGGCAACACCAAGCUACAUGGUCGAUCACUGAUGCUGGUAUCAAUAGUUUCCGUGCAGUGAGAUCCAGCUCACACAUCCUCAUUAGAGCUGUGAAAAAAAUCUUCUAUCCACUUUCCUUGAUAAGGAAGCAAACUCAAAAUACUAGAGAAAUAGCGCAGGUUGAUCGUUCACAAGUUGGAAGAUGGAAUCAAGCAAGAGCCCCAACUCGGACAUGGAUACCUUCGGAUGUUCCUCUUCUACCUUAUGGUCAAUGGGUUUUUCUUUCAAGAAACAUAAGCAAAGUCCUGUACUGGCUCCAGCUUUUAUCUGCAACAGCUUGUGUAGUACUUUCAUCCAUGAAGCUCAUCAAGCACAACUAUGGGGAGGUACAGAAGGGAGAUACCGAUAAAAGGAACCGGCAAUCUGCUCUGAAUAUUUUCUAUGCCUUGGCCUUGGCAGAAGCUCUGUUGUUUCUGAUGGAGAAAGCUUACUGGGAGUAUAAAGUCAUAUAUUGUAAACUUUUGGAAGAAGUGAACAGGGAGUGCGAGUUCGGGCCUACGGGUAUAAUUUCUAUCAAAAGGUUUUUCUACGAUGCUUAUUCAAGAUGUGUUGUUGGAAGCAUUUUUGAUGGCUUGAAAAUGGAUAUUGUAACUUUUGCCAUGGACCUGUUGGCUUCAAAUUCCCCUGAUGAACAGCUCAUUGGAGCGAGAAUUCUUCGCCAGUUCGCGAUUAGUGAGAGGUACUCUGAUGAUACCUUACAGAAGAUUGGGAUAAAUUUGUCAGCGGUAGAAAGAUUAGUUGAAAUGUUGAACUGGAAAGACCCUCAAGAAGAAGAGAUCAGGAAAUCUGCUGCGGAGGUAUUGUCAAAACUUGUUGGUAAGAAGCAAAACUGCCUGCGUGUAGCUGGUAUACCAGGUGCAAUGGAAUCAAUAUCAUCUCUGCUUCAAACAAAUAGGAGUUCUGGUGGUGGAGCAGAUGAAAUUGGUGAAAAGAACCUCAUUCUUGAUCAUGUAAAUUACAGUUUCUGGACAUUCAAUCAUUUAGGACUUCUUAUUCUGAAAAAGCUUGCCUGUGAUCAUGACAACUGUGGAAAGAUUGGAAACACAAGGGGCCUCUUACCUAAAAUCAUAGAUUUUACACAUGCUGGAGAAAAGUUGUUAAGGGAUGAAAAUGUUGCACCAUCUCAGAUUCUAACCGUUAAACGAUCUCUUCAAUUGGUGAAAAUGCUGACAAGCACGACUGGUGCCACAGGAAAACAUCUCAGAAAAGAAAUCUCCGAGGUAGUUUUCACAAUCAGCAACAUUAGAUAUAUCCUACGAUAUGGAGAGAAACACCCAAUGCUGCAAAAACUAAGCAUAGAAAUCCUAACCAAUCUGGCAUUGGAAGAGGAGGCAACAGAAAGGAUUGGUGGCACUGGUGGGGUACUCAAGGAGUUGUUCAAUAUAUUUCUCAACCAGGAGAUGCCAGAGCGUCAGAAUCUUGUAAGACGUGCUGCAGGCGAAGCGCUAGCUAUGUUGGCCUUAGAAAGUAGAGCUAAUUGCCAUCGCAUCUUGAAAUUGCAAGCCCUGGAAAGGCUCGUCGAAGCAUUGGAGGAUCCAUUACUUCGUGUGAAUGCUGCAAGAAUUUUAAGAAACUUGUGCACCUACAGUGGAGCAGAAUGCUUCUACCAGUUAAAGGGUGUCAUAGCUGCAGCACCCACAGUGCUCAAGACAAUCAUGUCAGAAGAGAAUAAGUUACAAGAAGUAAUGGUUGGUCUAGCAGCACAGGUUUUCAAACAUAUGACUUCUGAAGAAUCAAGCAUCAUGUUUGACAGAGCUGGAAUUAAAGAGGAAGAAUUAGCUAAAGCAUUGGUUCAGAUUCUUCAGAAGUACUACCAUCCAUCGGCUAAGGUUCCAAGAAUAAGGAGAUUCGCCAUAGAGUUGGCAAUUUGGAUGAUGCAUGACAAAGCAAAGAAUGUAUACAUUUUCAAUGGUUUGGGGAUGGAGAAAGAGCUGGAGGGUGUAUUAGAGACCACAGCAGAGCUAGAGAGCUUCAACAUAUUCUCUGGCACUGUUGGGCUCAGCCGGCACAGCACAACAAUUCACUCACUGGUUGAAACCGCAUUGAAGCUGCUGAGGGAGAGCUAAGUUGUACAAAAUAAGGCAACUCCAUCAUUCAAAUUUACUAUAUAUUACUGCAAGUGUUUGAAUAAUUGGUCUUGUGAAUAUGUACUCAUUAACAGCUAAAGCAGAUUCUUUUUCUCUAAGCAAUAAUCAUGUUGAUGUAAUUGCUACUAUAAGUUAUUCUUUUUUUUUUCUUAUAACAUUGCUAUAAGUUAUUGUAAAUCAUGGAAUUCAAGGGUUAUUAUUAUUAUUAUUAAUCAUAAC